UCAGUUAAAAAAGAAUCACAUAUAUUAAAAGAUCUUAUAAAUGAAUUAUCUACUGAACCUGAAACUUUACAAGUUUCUGUAACUAGAAAAGAAAAUACAUAUAAUUUUAUCGAUUUGUAUAAUAAUAUAACCCAUGCAGAAACCCAAAAUGAAAUAACAAAUCAAGAUAUUAUAACUUGCUAUUAUCUUUUUGAUAAAGCUCUAUCAGAAUGA